AUGUGGUCUUUGAUGGUCAUGAACCGGACUGUUAAGAGUUUCGCAAAGGCCGCUAGUAGACAAUUACACGGCAAACUUUUCUUGAACUACACAAUCAUCAUGUUCCAAUCGACUCGUGUCGUCAACUUGUACUCAAAAGCCGAUUUGAACGCUUUACUUGGGAAUAGUUCGGGUGAUUGGACCGCUCAUCUACCUCCUCCAUCUCUCGAACGUCGUGUACCCUCGACCAAGCCGAUCUGCCUUACCGAAGACGCUUCUAAAUUCCAUUUGGACAUGUCUUUCAACCGGGAUGGACCUCAAAGGGAUCACCACCAUCGGUUUACUGAUUCGAUUGGGCCCAAGACGUUGCCUGGCUUGGUUGAAGGUCCCGGAUUGAUCACUUCAGAUAUCCCGGAGGAUGCCAAUCGAUCAGAAUGGAGAAGGUAUUUGGGAAAAUGGACGUUUCCUUUACGAACAGAUCCUCCACGUGGUUUAACUUGGGGUCCUUACUAUGAUCCGAGAGAGGUCUCAUUAAAACGUUUGGCUGAAGAGAAUAGUGAUUCACAAGUUCCAAAAAGAAGAAGGAUAAUUACAAUUUUAAGAUUACCUGAAGUUCAACCUAGGAUUUUGAUCAAGUUAAAGAUUAAUAAGAACUUGUUGAGAAAGAAAUCGAUUAAGAAAGAAAAUCAAAUUCAUCAGAUUCAAGAUCAAGAAAUCCUUGUAAAGUCUACUUUAGCUGGUUCUAGAAAACGAGAUCUUAGUAGUCAAUCAUCAUUUCUAAUUGAUGAACUUCUUCAAACCCAAUCAAAACCUCGACAUUGUGAUUCAAAUUUAAACAACACGAUCAUAGAAAAUUCAAACGGUAAAAGAAAUUCUCAAGGUGGUUUGACGACUUCUCAUCAACUCUUGAACGGUUUGGAAACCAACAAGUAUGGUGGUGGUGCUUUAAGUGCUCAUUCGAAAGAACUUGUGGAUCUUUUGAUUUCUCCUUCUAAAGACAUGAAGUUGAUUAAACCUCGGAUCAGGAUAUGUGUUGCUCGUCAAUUGAAAUACGGCUUGUGA